GUUGAUCUUUGCGCUUUGAAGCCAAGUCUUACAGUUCACAAUCAACAAGAAUGUUAAAGCAGGAUUUUCAUGGCUUGUCACUGCGCCUGGAAUUGUCACGUUGUUUUUCGCAUCUUUCACAACUGUGCCGCUCCUCAUAUAUUUAUAUUUUCCAGGUAAAUCAGAUCUAUUGCAUUGCCUAUUUCAAUUUUCUAUGGUGGGUUUCUACGUGAUGACCAUAUUAGCAGGCUUCGUUAUCGCUUCUAGUAGUGUUGAGUAUUUGGGUGUAUCGGUGACAUCGUCGACUUGCAAAGCAAUACUGCAUGAUCCUAGCUAUUCCGGACUAUCAUGCUUCAAUGAAGAGGUGGUUCUCAUAGAAGGCUAUAAGUUGAACAUUUCAUUAAGUUGCAAAGCAAAUAACACCUUGUGGAAAGCGCUCAAAGCCGACUCCGCAUUCAGCACAAAUAGCUUGUCGAAAAUUGCGAAACUUUCGGAGAUCAAGAAGACAGUUCGUGAAAAAGUUGGCGCUGUCAAAGGAAACAUCUUGAAUUAUCAAAGAGAAAUUGAGUUCUACAAGAAAAAAGCAAUGCAUGUGGAAGGAUUAUUGGGCACUCGGAUAGAAGGACUUGUUGAACUUUAUUUGAACCAAUGUUCGAGUGCAGGAGCGCGUGUUGUUGAAAAAGGCGCAAAAGCCUUGUACGAGUAA